AUGUGGUUGUCCACGGGGCUCCUCUCAAACCUGGGAGCAAACCUUGUCACAUCACACUCGCACACACGACGUGUGCUACUGACGUUUGUCCUGGUUUAUGCCUUUCUUAUUUUGUUUGCUCGAUGGCAUUCCUUCCGUGACCCCACCUCAGUAUUCUUCGAUUCAUCUAGUGCCUACCUGCCUGACUACUCAACAGUGAGGUUAGCGCAGGCGAAUACUUUCAUCGACUACGCAAAUAAUGGUGCAGAAAACAUACAGUGGAAAGGAUCAGAUCACCCUCAACUGUGCCUAGGGGUUGCGACUAUUGCACGAAAAGGUGCCCGGUAUUUUAAGAGCGCCGUUGGAUCUAUUCUGGAAGGCUUGAGUGAGGCCGAUCGUGCGGAGAUGCACCUAAUUCUUUUUAUCGCACACACUAAUGCAUCAGAGCACCCGGCAUUCUCUGAAUCAUGGCUUCAAAACGUGGCCGACAAGGUCUUACUCUACGACGAAAACGAUGUCGAUAUUGACCAUAUCCGGGCUCUGGAGAGCGACGACGCUAAACAAUACGCACGAGAGAAAGCCUUGUUUGAUUACGCCUAUCUGUUAAAGACAUGCGAGGCUGUCAAUGCAUCCUAUGUUGCUAUAUUGGAGGAUGAUAUUCUGGCUCUCGACGGGUGGUAUCAUCGUACCCAGUACGCGGUCGAAGAGGCCGACCGGAUGACAAACGAGAAGGGAGCAUCUAAGUGGUUGUAUCUUCGACUCUUCUACACGGAACAGUUCCUCGGCUGGAAUUCCGAGGAAUGGCCUACUUAUCUCUUAUAUUCCAUUCUCACCGUCAGCUGCGUCGCCUGCGCACUGCUAGCUGCCCGGCGCUACCAGCCUAAACUUCGCCCUGUUCUCCCAGAUGACACGCUCAUUCUUCUGUGCUUCGUGUGCACGCCGCUGCUGAUCGGACUUUACUUCGCCUCCGGACGAGUGACGAUGCGUCCCAUUCCACCGGGUGUGCACGAAAUGUCCAAGUUUGGGUGCUGUUCGCAGGGCUUCGUGUUCCCGCAAUCACGAGUCGCCGACCUAAUCGAGCUAUAUGAGGGAAAACGGGCAGGCUAUGUAGACAUGCUCACCGAGGAAUUUGCCAACGAGAAUAAUGAAAUCCGAUAUGCGAUAACACCGAGCGUGCUGCAGCAUAUCGGCCGGAAGAGCUCCAAGGAGGCGGAUUGGAAACAACCCAAGCCGAAGCAGGGGAUCACUGAUCUCUGGAAUUUUGCUUUUGAAACAAAUGAUGCGGACUUGUUGUAUCAGGAGCGCCUUGGAUUUCGAGAGCCUGAAUAG